AUGCCCCCGCAGCCCUCCACGCUGCAGGAUGUGCUGCGCAAAUUGCGCACCGGUGACGCCGUGAACAAGUUUUUCUUGGAGCUCGAGGCCUUGCCGUUCCCCGACGAGGCUUUGCGUGCCCUCAUGCCCGAGCUGGUUGCCGAGUGGGAGGUCAUUGCUAAGUUGGAGUCCGUGCCCUGGCCAUGGGUCGCACUGCUGGAGAUGACCCUUGCCGGCUUUCUGGAGUCCGCGGAAUGGAAGCGUGCGCAUGCUGAUGCGGCUGCCUCCGCCAAGAACCCGUACGAAGGGGUCGUCAAUAUGACGAUGGGCUCUGGCUCCCUUGAAGGUGAGGGGAAGCAGGCCGCUUUGCGUCGCAAUCUGGGGCGCUCCUGCGCCUUUGCUGCCGAGGGCUCUCGCUUCUUCGCCUGGCUGCAUCAGGAAGGAGCGUUGAAUUCUUCCAUCGUGGUGGAGCUCUAUGAGCGCGCUAAAUGGAAAAGGACGACGCUGGAUGGAACUCGUUCCUUUGAAAUUCCGUAUCCCUUCCUCGCGAUGUCUGGAGCCGUUCACUUGGAGGACAUCGCCUUUAUCUUCAAGCGUGCUGCAGAGUUGCGCGAGGCCAAUGCUGCCCAUAAUCCCAGGCGCACGCUCCUCGCCGACCUCGUGGACAAGUUCCUUCCCAUUCACCGUGCCCACUCGCUAGAUCACACUCCGCGAGACUUGUUCGAGUUCCCGAAAGACUAUCCCUUGCGCGCGUACACACUCCACGCAGAUGCUGUGCCUCUCUUCGACGCCACUUUCGACAAACAUGUCGUUAGCCAGGAGCAGAACUACCUCACCAACCACACCCUUGCGAAGGCCCACGGCAAGCUGAAGACCGCCAAUUUGCGUUUCGGUCUUCAAGUGCAUCUUCGCGAGCAAGCGCGUCUCGGGCGUGCGCCCGGGGACUGGAGCCUCGUGCUGUCUGACAAGGCGCUGCGCUUUGGCGACACAUUUGGUCACUAUCUCGAUGUGGUUGGUGACCAGCUUGGGCAGUUCUUCCGCAAUCUGGUUGGGGAAACUCCGGGAG